AUGCAUUGCAUUUUUCUAAGAAAAGCAAACGCUCAUUUGUUCUCGACCCGCCAAUAGUUGACUGACAAAUAAUCACAUGACAAAGAACCAGGUAGAGAGUUUGUGACCAGGUGUGAGCAUACGAUCUACGUAGAUGUUAGAACGCGUCUCAGUUAUGGAUUGCGACGUGGACUAUUUCGAAAGUGCCUGCCAAUACCAGGGACUGGAAUACACGCAAGAUCCACCAGCCUGCAUCUACGAUGGGAAUCCGCAGCCCCCUCUCCUCGGGUCGUGCUUGGGCGAUUUCAACCAGCAGAAUUUGACGGAUUUCACCCCCUACGGCAGUCCGGCAGAUCUGAACUCUUGCCACCUUCCCCAGGUGAAUUUUCUCAACGCCGAGUACGCGGAUAACCGUGAACCUCAGGGGCGCUACCCGUUCCCUUGGAUGAAAAAUACUAAAUCGCAUGCCUAUGCUUGGAGCGAUCAGUGGGCAGGAAACGGCCACCCGAUGGACGGGGAUGAAAGCAAAAGAACUCGAACGGCCUACAGCAGGGGUCAGCUGUUGGAACUGGAAAAAGAGUUCCACUUCAGCAAGUACAUCUCCAGGCCCCGGCGGGUGGAACUCGCCGCGUUGUUGAAUCUCACCGAGAGGCACGUCAAAAUCUGGUUCCAAAACAGGAGGAUGAAAUGGAAGAAGGAAGAAGCGAAAGGGCAAGUCAAGACCAUUACAAGCAAAGCAAAACGCACGCUAUGCGAAAACUAUGCGGGAGAGGAGUUUGAAAGGAGUUACUCCGAAAACUCAUUCAAUGACAAAUAA